AUGUCUCUUAUUAAUGCGCCAUUAACUCGAAAACUACCUGUAUCCUUCGACGAGGAGACAAAUUUUUCCCAGCUUGCUGAUUUUAUUGAAACAAAAAAUGGUGAACGCGGAAGUAACUUAUCAAAGCACAUUUCCUAUUUACUUACUAACAUAGUUGAAAAGCAGAAUUUAAAUAGCACAUCGAAAGAUAUGUUGCACUGGGGAAUAUAUAGUAUUAUUAGAAUCCCGCUCCAGAUUUUUCAUGAGAAUAUUGGUGGAGGAGUGCUUCCAAUUGAAAUGGAUCGGAACGGUAAGGAAACAACAGCGAUAGGUAAUAAACGACCAGAUUUUCUAUACUGGACAAACAAUGUACUUCUAUAUAAAGGCGAAGAGAAGGCUGCAAUUGAGGAUUUUUCAAAAGCUAAGACAGGAGUAAGGUUACGUUUUUUUGCAAUUGAUGGAUCAUCAAACAUAAAUUCGCCAAGAUGUUUAGUUACACUUUCAAAUCAAUUUGACAUGAGUAAUCGUCGAGACCGUGUUUCUAUCCUCUGUAUAGUGGUUAAUAUUGCACGCAUAAUGAGAACUGUGAGCAAUAUUAUUCCCGAAAUGAUUGUUCCUCUGUUCGUCGUGACAUCCGGUUACCAAAUAUUCUCUUUAUUCCUGGUGUUGCAAAUUAUAAAUAUGUUCUUAUCGAUUUUUGAACAUGCUAAUGUGGGUGGACUAGUAGUGUCUGAACGGUUGAAGGAUUGGGACAAUAAAACACUCACGAAGAAGAAUGUGUAUACAGCACAAUUUGAUUUAGGAAUCUUAAUGUGGUGA